AUGGCCGCGCCCAACAGCACAACGUUCAGUCACCUCAGCUUCGUCCUGGUCGGCAUCCCGGGCCUGGAGCCCUGGCACCCCUGGAUCUCCAUCCCCUUCGCGCUGAUGUACACGGCGGCUGCUCUGGGGAACUGUGGUCUCCUCCUGCUCAUCGCCACCCAGCGCAGGCUGCACGAGCCCAUGUUCAUUUUCCUCUCCAUGCUGGCGGUGGCCGACUUACUGUUAUCCACCUGCACCGUGCCCAACACGCUGGCCAUCUUCUGGGUUGGGCCCAUGGCCAUUUCCUUCAGUUCCUGCCUAACCCAGGUGUUCUUUGUUCGCUUUGGGUUUGCCACCGAGUCGGACAUCCUGCUGGCCAUGGGGUUCGAUAGAUACGUCGCCGUCUGCGACCCCCUGAGGUACACGACUGUCCUCACCAAUGAGAAGAUCGGGAAAAUAGCCAUAGCCAUUGUUGUCAAAAGCUUUUGUAUAGUUUUUCCCUUUGUUUUUCUGCUCAAACGGUUGCCCUUCUGCGCAAGCAAUGUCAUUGAACACUCCCAUUGUGAGCACAUCGGGGUGGCCAGACUGGCCUGUACGGACAUAACCAUCAAUAUCUGGUUUGGGUUUUCAAUGUUUCUCUUAACCAUUGUAGUUGAUGUUUUGUUUAUUGCUCUGUCUUAUGUGCUGAUCCUCGGGGCUGUCUUCAAGCUGCCCACCAAAGAUGCCCGGCUCAAGGCUCUCGGCACCUGUGGCUCCCACGUCUGUAUUAUCCUCUUAUUUUACGUUCCAGCCUUUUUCACUUUCCUAACCCACCAUUUUGGCCACAAUGUCCCUAAACACAUUCACAUCCUCUUGGCCAAUCUCUACGUGCUCCUCAUUGCCCCCGUGCUAAACCCCUUUGUUUAUGGGAUGAAAACCAAGCAGCUGCGGGAACAAAUGGUCUGCGUGUUGUCGCAGACGUGGAAAUGGUGCUGA